UAAUAUUGUUAAAAUUAUAGCUAGUGCCAAGCAGCUAAGAAUGAACGAGAGCUCAGCUCUGGGGUCUGAAAUCCUGCCAGGUGGGGCCGCUUAUCUUGGAAGCAAACUAACCAGGCCUCAUGCCCGCCAGAGCUGAUCCAAGAGCUGGUUCCAUCCACCUGCAGGGGAGGAAGCGGUGAUAUUCAUGGCAGCUUUGGACUCACUUUCACUCCUUCCCUGGAGCUGCCCGGACGGAUCGUUUGUACAAAAAGCAGAAGCCGAGCUUUGGGUGAAGAGGAACAGGUCGGUUCAGCAGAGUUUAAAGACCACGUUCUGCCGUCAGCUAAAGCCAGGCAACCCCACUGCAGACAAGGGAAGUAUGGGGCAGCAGGGGCAGCUGAGGGCAGCAUAUGGCCCUUCAGAAAGAUACAAUUUCUGCUUGCAGGAGCAUCCUGUGUUAGCCUGUUCCUAACCCAUAAUGCAGCAGAUUGCAACGGGGCCCUGCUGCCUCUGGGGCCAUGACAGUAGGAUUUUUAGGGGGUUGAUUCCCUUAAUUCCACACUCCUCCUCUCUGGCCAUUACUCUGAUGUCAUCCCCGCUGAGAUGGACCCACGCAGCAGACGAGCAAGGUGGGAAACAGGAGAGUGAUGAGGCUCAAGCCUUGGGCCUGGUGUGGGCGGGUGCCAAGACGGGGGUAGGCUGCAGAGGAAAGCGAAGAUGGAGGAAGGACCGAGGCCGAGAUGCACAGAAAGAGGAACCGGUCUGGCAACCAGUUUAGCCAGAGUCUAGUUUCGACUAAUCCUUCAGAAGGAAAGAAUAGUGAAAAUAUAAUAUCCUGCUAGGCAAAUGGCACCAGCCGCUUUAAUCCUUUGCUGCCCAAGCAUCAGGGUGUCAGGCCACCUAGAGACCCUCCCCGUGGGAGCCCUACUCUGGAGAAGCCCCUGCCCCUUCCUUUCCCCAUGCCCCAGGUGAGAGCAACCUGAGCUGCCUGUAGGAAGCCAGUGGCAGCAGCUGCCCAGAUCGGGUUUCCCCUGUUAUGAAUAUUCAGAGCUUCCCCUGGCCCAGCCUCUGCUACUGUUUACUUAAGCAGGAGUGGCUGGAUCUCGGAUUAACCUUGACACAGAGCGAAAGGGAGCAACAGGUAUAACAGCAGCACCCCUGCACCUGCCUCCGCAUGCACCUGAGAUGUGACAGCCGCUGCUCCCACCCUCUCCCGGUGCAGCUCAGCCUGCCAGCCCCUCAGCUGGCAAUAGUGCCCUGGAGCUAUCCCGGCCCUCAGUCCCUUGCUCCUGCUACUGAGCGCUCCCCUGGGGAGCAGAACGCACCCAGCAAGGGGCUGAAUCAAAGCAGAGACAAGCUCCUCUGCCACUAGCGAGGAGAAACCACCAUGGCAGAGACCAACAGCUGGUGGAAGCUCACCUUCCUGCGGAAGAAGAAAUCCACCCCCAAGGUCCUGUAUGAAAGCCCAGACAUCUAUGCCAACGAGAACCACCAGGAGGCCACGUGGACAGAGGCAGGGAGCAACGGUGGCGCUGAGAGUGAAUUCAACACUCGGCUGGAGAAGAUCGUGGAUAAGAACACAAAAGGCAAACACGUCAAAGUCUCCCACUCCGGGCGCUUCAAGGAGAAGAAGAAAGUGAGAGCCACGCUGGCUGAAAACCCCAACCUCUUCGCCGAUGGCGAGCGGGAGGAGAAGUGAGGCAGGGGACAGCGGGCAUUGGAGGGAAAGCGCUGCAGGGUGGGACCGACGCCCUGAAGUCAUCGCGCAUGGACCCGUCCCGAUGCAGAGCCAGCCUAGAUGUCAGUUCUGUUCUCUCCGCAAAUGAAGUAACAAGGGGGCAGGGGCCACCCCGCUGUAGAUUUCAAAGACUUUCGGUCCUGACGUGCACUCACGAAGGAGAAAGGACUCGAUAGUUUUUAUUUAAAUACAAAUCAUCCUAUUUAAAAUAAAUGCCACUGGGGGGAUCAUCACAAGCUGGAGGUGUCUAAGCCUUGGAGGUGGGGAGGAGUCAAACACAGAGCAGCUCAGAGGCCUCUUGCAAACACCCUCGGCUCAGCAAUGCCCAAGGGCCCAUGGGUAAAGGCAGCGCUCAACGCAGGGGUCAUGGGAUGGGAGGAGCCAGUUCAUUCUCAUCCACCCUGUUGUUCUACCACUGCAUCUAGAAGAUGCCUGAGAAGGGGUAGGAACUUCAUCUGGCUCGGCCCUGGGGGAUUGCCCAGCAACUCGCCUCUGCUCUGUCUGCACCCACCAACACAGGAAAGGUAAACAUAAGCUUGGCUGAGAGACAGGGUUGCACCUUUUAAUACCACAGAGAUUAUUCCCUGGCUUGGGAAAGGGAACUACUUGGCCACAGGCAGUCACCAGCUGAACUGCACCACUAAAGGCUACAGGAACUGUGAUCUUCAUGUCCUGGAGAGCAGCACUCAGCCAGUUGAGCUAAAGGAGAACCACCCUUAGCUGUAGCAACAGCCUCUCUUGGCCUCCAGUUAUUACAGAGCAACACUUGACUAGAUCUGAUCUUCCAGCCAGCGGGAGGGUGCUGGGGUAAGAGAACUAAAGAUUCCACUGAUAAGAGAAACUGUUGCCAGUCGGGUGGGGGGCCUGGGGGCUUUGAAAUGGGGUUACGGACUGGAGAGCUUAUUUUCUUUGACUCACUGCUGGGCACUGGUUGAUGCAGAAACCAGCUGGAGUCUGCUAGAGACGCUCUAAGAGGAGAGAACAGACGGUCUACUAGUGAUUAGCACGGGAGCAUUGGGAAUGAGAAAGCCUGGACUAUGCCUCAGUUUCCUGCUAUGAGCAAGAAAAGCCAGCUUCUGAGUCAGCUUUCUGACCAUAAUGGCACUUUUAAGUUUCCUUCUGCAAAGGACACGUACAUGCUCCCAGUAACUUAAAUUCAAGGUUAUUUGUUAACUGCAUUCAUCUGCCUCUUGAGUGACUACCAGUCACACAUACCUGGCAGCCCAGAUGGACUUUAGCAGCAGAGAUUCUAAUAACUCACUCAUCAAGCCAUUUUGCACUCAUAAAAUGCGCGUGUUUUGCUGAACUUUGUGCACAGGAGCAGCUGCUGAAUUCAUGUUGUUUCUGGCGGAAGCGCCUGUUGCAAUGAUGCAGAGCUCUCUCCCCCUUCCCCCCCACCCCCAGUUACAAAAGAAAAAGUUUGCUGGUCUUUUUAAUUUCCAAGAGCCAUUGUGCUGCUACUACUUUAGAGGCCUUGAUCUUCCUGGCUGGUGCCUUCUUCAUGUUCAGAGUCACUAAUUCAUGGGGUGGGCAGUUAAAAGGUGAACUGUUCCCCAUGCUGGUGAGACUGAGGUUUGGCCACUGCACACAAAGUGAAGGCCAGCUGCAGUGGCUUGGGGGUAGGGGGGUAAACACCUUGCACCCUUAAGAGACAAAACACACUUGUAGCUCAUAGUUAGGGCUCAUACCCAGAGCUGGACAUUGAUUUGUUUUUUGAAGACCCAUCUUUUGUAAGUGUUUGUAGAUGUUCUUUGUUAAUAAACAAACCUGAAAACAAAGGGAGCUCAGUGGUUGAUCUGUGAAAACACCCCAGGGCUUGGAUCAGAUUGAAAACUGUUCUGCUCGGAAAGAUCGAGGGACUCUCACCCUCCACCACUGGACAAGGCGGCAGAUGAUACUGGAUCUAAAUUAAGGGAGAUGGUGUCUCCCUGCACCUAGCUGUGGGUGAUGAGUCUUCAGGACCUAACUGGUGCCCCUGUUGAGGCUAUGGAACGCUACUUUCAGACUCUAGCUCUUGAGGCUGUAGAGGUGAAGCGUGCAUGUAGACGUAUUGGGGGGGAAGUGCUCUAGAAGGAGGGU